CCUAUAUUGGAUUUUUUUUUUUUCCAAUUAACUAUUAUUAUUACAGACAUAUUCUUGUAUAGACCGUCCAUUACCAAACUCUUGUUCCUUCUUCACAUUUAAAACCUGCAACAACUACUUAUAUAUAUAAAUGCCCUCUUCUCUUUUCUUUAUUGUAACAUCAAGAAAAUGACUAGUUCUAAUAAUUCAAUGGGAGUUGGUUUCAUGGCUGCUUUUGCAGUUUCAGGCAGUGUAGUUCUCAUUGCUCGUCAACUGCAUAAGCGUCUCGUCUCCGAUUUCAUGAAGCAGAUUGAAUUUGAAUUAUUCGGGUCAAAGAGAUCAUGCCCAGGGAAUAAUAAGAAGAGGGUGAGAUUUGCAGAAGAUGUGAUAGAGCCAUCAAGAAAUAACAAAGAAUAUCGCAACAAACACUUGUUGAAGAUUAAUAAUAAUAAUAAUAAUAAUAAGCAAGGUUAUUGUGGUGCAAAAUUGCUUGAGGCUAUGCCUCUAAAUAGGCAAAUUUUGUAUAAAGGGAUAAUUGAGUACAAAUCCCUUAAAGGGUAUAACAUGUAAUAUUAUCAUAAACCCUAAUUUUGAUGUGGGGUCAAUUGUGUUCCACUUGUAAAUUUUUGAACUCUUUUUUUUUUUUUUCUAUUGUGUAUAUAUUUUGAAAUUCCAUAGGUUCUCUCAUUCCAAAUACAUGUACAUUUGAAAUGGGGAUUGCAAGAGAAUCUAGAAAUUUAUGUAA